AAACAAUAUCUCCUAAAAUUAUUGCAUAUAAUGAUACAAUUACGAAAAGUAAAGAUGAAUUACGUGAAAUUUUGAAAAGAAUUUUCAGAGUUAAUGCUAUAGUUGUGUUGGCAGCAGCUCUAUUUAUAGGUAGAGUAUCUUUGGUAAUAGAAGCUAUUGUUGGUCUUGAUGUAGUAACAUAUUUUGGCAGAUAA